AUGAGGCCAAGGUGGAAGGAGAUGCACCUGGGUGGGGAGCCCAAUUGGCAGAUGGUCACCAAGGGCCGCAUCAAGGCCAAGGAGAAGCGCGACGAGGCCGAGAAGCCAUCGACCCAGGUUGUGGAGGAGAGUGUACAUUUUCCGGCACAGACGCAAGCUGGCCAUCAUCAGGACAAGGACAUUCUUCACGCGCCCGUGUGGCCUGACACCGAGGACGAGUUUCAGGAGAGACCCACCAAGUCAAAGACCAAACAGUUGCGAGACCUACCGCCGGAUGGGGUGCAGGUGCCAGAAAACCCGGAGAGAUUAAGUACUCAGGCGCUCGUGGACUUCCUGCAGAACGGCAGCAUCCGGCGGAAGUUGCUGAGGCGUGGAGUGCCCAUACGAGAACAACUCGUGCGGUGGUUCCGGGAGCUGCAGGAUCCGCCCAAGAGUCUCGCGGCUCCAGCUCCGCGGGCCAAGCAGAGUGCAUCUGCUUCCGCAAGCGGAGGUAGACGAGAUUCUCUCCCCAAGGCCACACCUGCACCUUGGUCCAAGCUGGCGAAGAAGAGCGAGGAGAAGAGAUCGAUGCGGGCCGAGGCUCCUGAGUUCUUCCCCAAAGACAUGGAGUCCAUGCCGGCAGGGACGGUCCUGGUGCCCUGCGUGCGGGGGCCAAGACGGUUCUCUUGCAGUGCCUGCCGGGCAUAUUUUGCUCAUCGGAGCCAUGGGUUUGCCUGA